GAACAUGUGAUUUUCAACUCAAGUUAAUUUCCCACUUGUCUCAUUAUGUGAAUCUCAAAAAGUCACGCUUGAAAUUGUCAUGCGCGCCAUUAAUUUCGCUGACUAACUUGGUAAGCCUCAACCAAUAUGAUGACCUCAAAACUUCGAGAACUCUUCUUUAUCAGCACUAGUUUCUCGAGAACACCUGAUCUAAAACAUUUGCAUUUUCAACGAUGCACAUUUCUGAACCACAGGUCGAAUUCCGUUUUUGUUUACGGGGCGACAAUAUUGCAGGGCGGUCGUGAUAGUGAUGUAAGAUCUCAGUUCGAACUGUUGGCGUUGACGUUGACGUUGAACUUUGAAAAGACCCAAACUCAAGCUCAGCAUGACUUUCUCUUCCUUGGUUGAAGGGAUCAUAAGGCGGUCUCUAAGAACGGAAGUUCAAUAAUCCGAAGCCUUUGGAACAGAGACUCAGGGUCUAGAUGUCAGAGUCAGGGGUCAUACAGCAACUAAAACAAGCUUGCUUUGAACUACGUCAUAGGUCAUAUCAGUGAAUCACGACAAUUUCCAAGGGUGAAAUUAGAUUCUCUUAAGUUUUAGGUCGAUCUCGCUUCUUAGGUCGCAGGAAUGACGGCAGAGGCUUCCCCUUCCGUACGCUAUUAAUUAACUGGCGGUCUACCCUACGAACGAGUUUUUCGCCAAGGUUGACAAUUUGCACGCCCAGUCAAAGUGACGCUUCAGUGACCAGCUCAUUUUCUUGACUCAUCCUAAUAAACCCGCGAUCCUCUUUCUUUUGCGUCUGAGUCUGCGAUCAACUAAUCACUGACCCGCUCAGACCGACGAUAACCUCAUCUCGUCAAUCUUUUCUCGUAAUAUCCACCCCCUUUGCGACCCCGUUCGAAUUGCCGACACAAAGCAAACCAAAGCGACCAAAGCGACCAAAGCGACCAUGGGUAUCAAGGAUCUAGCUAUUAGCUAUGUGGUGUUUUCCACCAUCCACUUGUUCCUAUUCGCACUGGCUCUGACCACUAUCGGUUUGUAUGGUACCGACCUUCAUAAUGCGAACAAACAGGGCAAAUACUCUGAUUCUAAGUGGGUCUACGCCGUGGUCGUUGGUAGCAUCUCCGCCGUGACGUGUGUACUCUACUUUAUCCCGUUUGUACUGCGUGUCGCCGGCUUCGUUGUCGCGAUAUGGGACUUUAUUCUAUUCGUCCUCUGGAUCGCCCUCUUUGGCGUCUUUGGCAAGAUGUACAUCAAUGAGGACGCCGAGGGUGACGGUGGUGUCAGACGCAUGAAGAACGCGGUCUGGGUCGAUCUCGCCAGCGCCCUACUCUGGCUCAUUGCUACCUUGGCGGCCCUGUCCUACUGGUGGAAGCACCGUGACACUCGAUCCCGCUUUACUGGCCGCGCUCGCGUCUGAUCAAACACAAACGAGCGCAUCAAAUCCCCUCAGAAAGAGACGGCCAUAUUGAGGAUGGUUGCAUAUGGGAUACACAAAUGUAACUCACGACGGAGAUAUUCGGCAAUGGUAAUGGAACGGUAAUGGGAGGGAGGCCUGCAGGACGGGCUGUUUGUGUGGGCGUGUUUUGUGUGUCUGUAUGCUGGGAUGGGAAUGGAUGAGAUGAGAUGAGAUGUUGGCACGACUUUGAUACCAUUGUUUUCUUCUGUGUUUCCUUGCUUUUCCUUUUUCGACAAAGACUGCUUGUUCCUGAAACACUAAUACCUGCAUCGAACUCAAAAUUUAUCACUAUCAACUGAAUCGAGAAUAUCACACUUAUUAGUGCAACCAUCUACGGCAGCCUCCCGUACGGCGUGCAACAUCCUUUGUGAGAUGGGUGGCUAGAUCUACCAAUGGCCACCGGCAUGAGUGAAACUUGCUUAACCAAUGGACAGUCAACGGGCAGUCACUGUAAGAUUCAUGCUGUGAAAUCACCAUGGACAUUGGCAUUGGCAAUACAAAGCCAAGAAAGUGCAGCUUGCCGAACCACCGUUUACGCCAAGACAGAGUGAUAUCCGAGAUACCCUUUCGUAGUACCCUGAAGAGCGUCGAUAUGGCACCACCACGGAGAAGGAUGUUGCACCAGUUCGACCAGGACCUAAAGCAGAAAAGAGAGAGAGAGAGUAAAGAGGGGCGAGCGUCGAUCGUCGAUCGUGGACAGGCUCGCCUCCAACGCUUCCGAGGGGUGAUGUGACGAUGACGGAUUUUUUCUCAGAGGGAGAAGGGGUCUUUUCCUUUUUUCAAGGGUCUGGCGUUUGACUAGCUGCAUCUACCGCUCUGACCUUUGUGUCUUGACCCUGACCCUCAAGGGAUUAGGAUUUUCAACUCACGGGCAAAAGCAAGCGGCGCUUGUGAGCGGGCCAAGCCAAGCUACUCUCUUGCCAUGACGUCGAUCAGAUGCCUGAUGGAAGCUUCAAGUGGGGGCCGCUUCUAAAAGCCCGUUUGUUUUUGGUGCAAGGAUCUGUUGAUCUCUUGUCUUCUUUGUUGAUACCAGCGGAGAUGUUGGGCAGCGUUGCUGGUGAUGUGAGUGUUGAUCGUAGCCUGUAGAGGCGGUAAGUUAAGCGAUAAGAAAUGCACGUGGGAAUAUUCUACGACAUUUGACAUUGAAUACGAGCGGUCAAAUGCUCAAAUGUCUCAUUUAUACCGUCUUUUUUUUGGUUGAUGGUGGUUGUGAGUGAGCAAGUUGUAGUGUGGUGAUACGAGGGUCUAAGAUUGCGAAUACCCAUAAUGGGAAUUGUUAGCAAAUGCGAUAAUAAGUUCCUGAAUAUAAUACUGACCACGUAUUAUUCACCCAAGAACUGACCUUGCA